GCCAGUCCACUUCCACCACCACCACCAGUCCACCACCACCGCCCGGCGAGAGGAGAGCAGAGGAGGAGCGAGCAACCGGCGGGGAGACGAUGCAGAUCUUCGUGAAGACGCUGACGGCGGAGACCAUGACGCUGGAGGUGGAGAGCUUCGCGACCGUCCACAGCGUCAAGGCCAAGAUCCACGACAAGGAAGGUAUCGAGCCGGACCAGCAGCGCCUCAUCUUCGCGGGGAAGCAGCUCGACGACGGCCGCACCCUGGCCGACUACAGCAUCCACAAGGAGUCCACGCUUCACCUCGCGCUGCGCCUCGUCGGCGGUGGCAAGGGCGGGUACUACCCCACCAGGAUGGAGCCUAACCUGCGCAUGCUUGCGCUCAAGUACAGGCAGCACAGGCUUGUGUGCCGCAAGUGCUAUGCACGCCUGCCCCUCAGGUCUGCCAACUGCCGCAAGAAGAAGUGCGGCCACAGCAAUGACAUCAGGCCCAAGGAGAAGCUGCGCCCCCACUGAAGCGUUGGAAACAUAACAAAGUGACAUGCGAUAGCUGGAUUAACUGGGAAUUCAAAGUUUGGUUCGAGUCUUAGUUUCAGAUAAAUGUUGCUUCUGGAAUCUAGAACCCUAUGCUCUUGUAUCAGUUUCUCUCGUAGUACUGUCCAAUUUGCUCUUGCAUGAAUGAUGAAAUCAAUCAGGUAUUUGAGGUCUACUAGCUUGAAUGGAUGAUGAAGUCAA